UUCUUCGUUCACAUAACAAAAAAAAAAAAAAAAUGAGAUCUUUCUAAAACAUCCAAUCAUCAAAAACUCUUCUAUCAAAAUUUAACGAUAAAUUUUGUACACGUUAUAUAUAGUUAAACAUCCAAUCAUCAAAAACUCUUCUAUCAUAUAUAUAGUUAAAUUGUUGUACACGCUCUCUAUAUCAAAAUUUAUUUAUUAUGGCAGAUGUACAUAAAGGUCAUGAUUCGACGGGUAUCAAGCUAUUUGGAAAGAUGAUCAACGUACAAACGAUGCGAGAAUUAAAAGAAGAGCCCGUAAACAAAUCAGAAGUACUGAAUGAUAACGAUAACGAAAAUGAUAAUAAUGAUGAUGAGGAUCAAAGUAGCCUAGUUAAUAAAAGGCCAGACAAGAUCAUACCAUGUCCUAGGUGCAAAAGUAUGGAGACUAAAUUUUGUUACUUCAACAAUUACAACGUUAAUCAACCAAGACAUUUUUGUAAAGGGUGUCAAAGGUAUUGGACAGCUGGUGGGGCACUUCGAAACGUGCCCGUUGGAGCUGGUCGUAGGAAGGCUAAACCGCCAUGCGGAUUAUUACAUGGCGGUUUAGAAGACAGUUUUUCAGAUGUUUCAUUUUUGGGUGAUAGUAUUACUUCUUCAAAUAGUGGUAUUCAUUUCAAUAAUGAGAUGGUGGAAUGGGCUAUGGCGACACAUCGCGGUUUUGAACAUCUUUUUCCGGCUAAACGUCGGAGGAACUCGACCGGUGACUCUUAGUUGAGACUAUAGCGUAUGUAUUUAUAUUAUAAAUUAAGUAAUUAAUCUCUGUGAAUAUCUAGGACUAGCUUCUUUUUUUUUUUUUUUUUUUUAAAUUCUUGUAGUAAUUAUUGGUUAUUAAGAAAUAACUAGCAUGUUGUUUGGAUUCAGCGGGGUGAAUAUUUUUAAUCGUUAAUAUUAAUUGGUUGUAAUUAAAAACUUAAUGGUAUGUGAUA